AUGAAAGGGUACACGAUCUCCUCAAGUGCUUUUCUGAUAUUGGCUCUUUGUUGCACGAGUGACACAACGUCGCAAGUGAUCCAGCAGCCAGGCUACAAUGUAAAUUGCGGAUUAGGUUUUGCCGGUGGGCGAUGCGAGAGAGUUCGUACAUGUGAGGAUCUAGGAUUCUGCUAUGGGCAUGGAAUAUGCCAACGAGGCCCAAGAUGCCUGUGUAGUCCAGGAUGGACUUCAGCUAACUGCUCGCAGUCCUUGUGUCCAAGUAACUGUUCAGGCCAUGGCUCCUGCUCCAGUGCGGGAGGAUGUAUAUGUGAUUCAGGGUACACUGGUACCAUAUGCUCACAGGCGAUCUGUCUGGGGUCAGGGAAUUGUAGCGGUCAUGGUUUGUGUCUCCCUGGGGGAAUCUGUACUUGUGACAAGGGAUAUCUGGGGUUAGGAUGCGAAGUGAUCGACGCUGCACAAAAGUGCUCAAAUCAUGAUUGUUCCUUAGCUUUGUGUCUCAACAACUGUUCUCAACAUGGGAUUUGCGACUCAAGUACAGGGCAAUGUAAUUGUGACUUGGGCUGGUCUGGAAGCGAUUGUUCGAAUCAGAUGUGCUAUAACAAUUGCUCUGGCCAUGGCACUUGCUCUGAUGGAGUCUGUACUUGUCAAAACGGCUAUGAAGGUGUGGAUUGUAACACUAUGUCAUGUUACAAUUCAUGCAGUGGUCAUGGCUCCUGUAAUAAUGGGACUUGCUCUUGCGACAUUCAAUGGACUGGAAUAGGUUGUGAGAUCUUUGUUGCGAGCAGCACUUGUGCAGGAUCUUGCUCGGGCAGGGGGAGCUGUCAAAACGGAACAUGCAUAUGUGAUCUCGGAUGGAGUGGGGUAGAUUGCACCUCGCCUGUUGACUGUCCAUUCAAUUGCAGUGGCCAUGGUUUGUGCACGAAUGCAACAUGUGCCUGUGAUUUUGGAUUCUCCGGCUUAGGAUGUGAGAGCUCGCAAUGUUUCAACAAUUGCUCUGCUCAUGGGAUUUGUACGAAUAACAGAACCUGCGAGUGCGACCCUGGCUACUAUGCUAUUGACUGUUCGCUCCCGGCAAUC